UAUGUGCGCUCUGCAUCAGUGUGUGUAACAGAGAUGUUCAAUUGCUCAAUUGAAACAGUCACUAACACAUAUAUAAAUAAUACCAUUUCUUUUCCAACCGUCGUUGCUGUCAAAGUGGUCAAAUCAAACAAUAAAAAAGCUGGACGCUGUGUUAUAAUGAACGUUCGUUGAAUCCGUCACGAUGUAUAUAAAAUCUAUCAUUAUAGACGGCUUCAAGUCGUACGGUAAACGAACGGAAGUUCAUGGUUUCGAUCCGGAAUUCAAUGCCAUAACAGGUUUGAAUGGGACAGGGAAAUCUAAUAUCUUGGACUCGAUAUGUUUCGUGCUGGGAAUAUCGAAUUUGGUUCAUGUUCGAGCCACUUCUCUCCAAGAGUUGGUAUACAAAAGUGGUCAGGCGGGUGUAACCAAAGCAACAGUAACGCUUGUAUUCGAUAACACCGAUAAGGAUCAGUGCCCGCUUGGAUACGAGAAGUGCAAUGAAAUUUCUAUCACACGACAAAUUGUUGUGGGCGGGAAAAACAAAUACCUGAUCAACGGGAAGACGGUUCAGAACAAAAAAGUGCAGGAUUUGUUUUGCUCAGUACAACUGAACGUGAACAAUCCAAAUUUUUUAAUUAUGCAGGGGCGUAUAACAAAAGUGUUGAAUAUGAAACCACAGGAAAUACUAUCAAUGAUCGAAGAAGCGGCUGGUACAAGUGUUUAUGAAGCCAAACGAGAACAUUCAAUUAAGCUGAUUGAGAAGAAAGACGCUAAAUUGAACGAAUUAUACACGGUUCUUCGAGAGGAAAUUGAACCGAAACUGGAUAAGUUACGCAAAGAGCGUGCUCAUUAUAUUGAAUACCAGAAGAUCUGUCGAGAUAUUGAAUAUUUGACACGAUUGUACAUAUCCCACAAGUACUUGCAACAUGUGAAAUCGGUUGAACAUUCAGAAAAGUCAAUCGCAUCUUUGAACGAUGUAAUUAAUAACAAUCGACUGAAAAUUGAAAGCAAUAUUAAAGAAAGUAAAGAAAUCGAAAUGAGUGCGAAAGCGUUGCAAGAAACUAUUGACACGCAAGGUGGAGGAGCUUUGGCUGAACUGGAAGCCGAAUUGAGUACUGAAAGCAAAAAAGAAGCAACAGUUUCAGCAGAAAGAAAUAGCACUAAAGACAGUAUCGGAGUAGAGCAAAGAAAACUAAAGAACUUGCUUAAAAGUAUUAAAGAUGACGAAAAUGCACUCGGUAAGAAGGAGGCAGAGAUGCAACGAACUGGAGAUAUGUUUCAAAGUCUCAAAGAUGCAGAUGAAGCCGAUGCAAAAGCAUUUACUGAUGCUCAAAAGCGAUUUGAAGCCGUAAGUGCGGGUUUGUCGACAAAUGAAGAUGGUGAAGCUGCCACAUUACAAGAUCAGUUAAUGGCUGCUAAACAAAAAGCAGCUGAGUCUGCUACAUCAAUCAAACAAAGCGAAAUGGAAUUGAAACAUUGCCAACAGAUACUGAAAGAGAGACAGGGAGAUAUGAACUCGAGCGAUGCAGCAUAUUUGAACGACAAAAAGAAACUCACUAAAACCGAGGGCCAAAUUCAUUCUUUAACCGUGGAAUUACAAAACAUUGACUACGAAGAAGGAAGUAUUGAACAUCUGCAGGAGCGAAAGCAAACCUUAUCUCAAGAAAUACGACAUCUUCGUGGGGAACUUGAUUGUAGAAACGCUUAUCGAUGGGAGUUUCAGUACCGUGAUCCAGAGCCAAAUUUUGAUCGCACUGCGGUUAAAGGAAUGGUUGCGAAACUAGUUACUGUUCUUGAUAAGAAAUACGCUCUUGCUUUGGGAACGGCAGCUGGUGGGAGUCUGUACAGUGUGGUUGUUGAUACAGAUACAACCGGCAAAAAGCUUCUCCAGAAAGGCCAACUUCAAAGUCGAACCACAAUGGUACCACUGAAUAAAAUCUCCAGUCGGUCAAUUGAUCAGAGUACGGUACGAGUUGCGGAUGGAUUAGUUGGAAAGGGACGUGCCGUAACUUCUUUAUCGUGCAUCGACUAUGACCGCGAGUUGGAACCGGCAAUGAAGUUCGUUUUCGGUCAUUCCUUCCUGGCCGACGACAUGAAUGUCGCCAAACAGGUGACUUACCAUCGGCAAAUCAUGUGCCGAACGGUUACUCUGGAUGGCGAUGUGGUAGAUCCCAGUGGAACGCUUUCUGGUGGUGCCAAACCGAAGGGUGGAACUAUCUUACUCGAAGUGGAGGAAAUAAAAAACUUACAGCGAUCUUUGGCGCUGAAGGAUACAGAAUAUCAGCAAGUGUGUGCGCAAAUAAGUAAACUAGAGCGUGUCUCUCAACGCUAUAGUCAGUUAAAGGAACAACUCGAUUUGCUUAAAUAUGAGCUUACUACUCUGCAGCAACGUUUAGCUCAAACGACUUUCCAACAAGCGCAGCAAGAAAUAGAAGAUUUGAAGCAGAAAAUUGAUACAUUAAAGCAGGCUAUGGUAGACUCACGACAAGCACAGACGCAAGCCAAUGCUAAAGUGAAGGAUCUUACUGCGAAAAUCGCAGAUAGCAAGGGACAUCGUGAGCGAGAACUGAAAACAGCAGAAGAUGAUAUGAAACGAUUAAAGAAGAAAAGUGAGGAUAGUCGCAAAAACUGGAAGAAACAUGAGCAAGGUUUCGAAACAUUGAAGCUAGAAAUCGAAGAGCUACAAAAAGGUAUAGCAUCAGCUAAGGAGCAAGUCACCAAAUUAGAAGAAACUAUAGCUACGUUGCAGGAGAAGCUUCAAAGCGCCAGUGAGAAUAGUGAACAGAUGGCGACUGCAGUGGCUGCUGUGAAGCAAAAAAUAAAAGAACACAAAGACAAGAUCAAUAGUCAAAACAAGGAGUUAAAGAGCAAGUACCAUCAUAGAGACAAAUUACUUAAGCAAAAUGAGGAACUUGAACUUGACAUAAAAAAAAAAGAAAAUGAAAUCCAGAAGGUUAAAAAUGAUAACAAAGAUGGUUACAGUAAGAUCUCAGCUCUCGAAGAAAAAUAUCUUUGGAUCGCCGAGGACAAAGAAUUCUUUGGCGUGAAAAAUACUAGGUACGAUUACAAUAAAGAGGACCCUCAGGAGGCAGGCAGAAAAUUAAAUAAACUACAGGAUUCGAAAGAAAAAAUGGGAAGAAACAUCAAUCAGAAAGCGAUGGUUUUACUCGAAAGAGAAGAAGAACAGUACAAGGAGGUGGUCCGUCGAAAACAAGUCGUAGAAGACGAUAAAAAGAAGAUCCAGAAAAUCAUCACCGAUCUCGAUGAGGAAAAGAAGAAACAGCUGAAGGUAGCUUGGACAGAAGUGAAUGAGAAUUUUGGAAGCAUCUUCAGCACUUUAUUGCCAGGAACGCAAGCACAACUAGUACCACCGGAUGGGGUAAAUUUUAUGAAAGGACUAGAAGUUAAAGUUGGUUUCAACGGUAUGUGGAAGGAGUCACUAACAGAACUUAGUGGUGGACAGCGUUCGCUUGUUGCUUUGUCACUUAUAUUGGCCAUGCUAAAAUACAAACCGGCUCCGUUAUAUAUCCUGGAUGAAGUGGAUGCUGCUUUGGAUCUGUCUCACACUCAGAACAUUGGUAACAUGCUGAAAAAGCACUUCACCAACUCUCAGUUUGUUAUUGUUUCGCUUAAAGAUGGUAUGUUCAACAAUGCAAAUGUUCUGUUCCGAACGAAGUUUGUUGAUGGAAUGUCCGGAGUUACAAGAACGGUGAACGUGGCGCAAUUGAAGAAAGCUGGUAGGUGA